GAGAGACUUACAAUCAGUGCUGAAACAGGCAGAAGUUGAUGAUGAGUGGACUGUGAGGAAGACAGGAGAGCAUGAAGACUAUAUCUACACAGCUCACAGGAGACACAGACAGACAGGAUGAGAAGUUACAAAAAUAUACUAUACCUUAAAAAUAUCUGUUGAGAUCUUGGAUGCCUCCUAUCUGUAAUGACAUCACUUCCUGAAUCCCUCAACUCACAAAGACGGUGAUUGGUUGGAACUGUUAGUCUUUAUGAUGUCACUGGCGGUGGAUGAGACGGCCGGUGACCUCCCCGUGAGGGACGUGGGCUUGAGAGGACUCAUACCUGUUCUCACAGACACAAUUCAGGAUACGAAGAGCUGGAGAAGACCACCACAGGUGCUCAAGAUAAAGGAUCGUCAGCGUUUGUUCAGAGUACCACGUGAGCAGCUUGAAGAUCAGUGUCUGCGUUUGCAGGAGGAAAACACACUUCUAAAACAACACAGCCGCACACAAGAGCAAAAACUACGCAGGUUCUCAACUAAACUGCUGCGAUUGAAGCAUGGACAUCAGGCUGGUGGGAGGGAUGCAGAGCUGGAGGACAUGAUUCAAGAGCUGGAGGCUCGUGUAGCGACUCUUGAGAGCCAGAAGGGGGCGCUGCAGAGUAAACUCAACUUAGCCAAGCAACAUAUCUUAGACCUAAGGGUCAGAACCCAUAACAGGCCACGGACAGGACGAGGUGUGGAUGGAGAUGGAGGGGUCCGUCGAGCUGCUCAAACCGCUCCUGCCCGCUGUGGACUCAUCUGUCUGGAUGACACCAGAGGAGAGAUAGACAGAGUAUCUACUAUUAUAGAGACACAGCAUGGGAGGGUGGCAGAUAUGGAGUUAACUGCUCAGUCUCUUAGAGAAACACUCAGAGACAAAGAGAAAGAAAUUGAAGAUAUCGUCAAAGACUUACGCAAACAACAAGCUGACGGACACAGGCUCACCAUUAAAGAUAAUGUAGAUGUGAUCAGACUGCAGAAGCAGCUCUCUGAAAAGAGCGCUGCCCUUCUGGUCAUUCAGGAAAAGUUCACUGCUCUUCAGGAGGCUUAUGAGAACCAGCUAGAGGAGGGCCAAAGGGCUUUAAAGGAGAGUCAAGGCACUCUGCUGGAGAAGGUGGAGGAACUGAGUGAUCAGUUGAAGCAGGAGAAGCAGAGAGGAUUGACACUGGAGGGCCAGCUCAACACUGCCACACUAUCACUGCAUGCUCUGGGGGAGCUUCAGGAGAGAGUUUCAGACCUGGAAGGGGAGAGGAGCCUCUUAAAGAAGAGCUAUGAUUCACUUCUGGAGAGCACAAUGUCUGCCCAGAGCCAUCAAGAAGAACACAAAGAUAGGGAGGAGAGAACAAAGGAACCGUUGAGAGAGGAGAGGUGGAGAGAGGAGGUACAGAAGCUUGAAGAAAAACUGGAAGAAGAAAGGAACGUGAGGAAAAUGAUGGAGCAGGAGAAGGAAAAACUGAGACAUGAGAAUGAAGAAGUUCAGAAGGAGAAGGAGCGAGAUAGAGACAUGGUUAUGUUCCUUAGAGGAAAACAAGACUGCUUGGAGCAAGAAGUCCUGCAACACCGACAGGAAGUCACAUCUUUGCAAGAGAAACUGGACUCAGUUACAAAAGAGUUUGAUAUGAGUGUGGAAGAUCUGAGUGAAACUCUGUUGCAGAUUAAGGCCUUCAGAAUGCAGCGUGACACUCAAGAAGUGAUGCGCAUCUUUAACUCAGAUGGAAAGUUAGAAGACACAUCUCGGGACUUAACUGCCAUUCAGGCCUCAUAUGCAGAGACUGUUCUAGAACUCCAGAAAACUAGAGACUUAUUGUUACUACAGCAUCGCCUAAACGCUGACCUCCAGAACGAGAUGAAGACAGUUAUGGAGAAAUCUGAAAGAGAAAGAGAGGAGAAUAGAAGGAGGGCUGGUGAGAAAGACAAUUUGUUGAAAAGCAGAGGCCUUCAAAUCAGCAAUUUACAAGCUCAGCUCAAAGAGUUAGUGUACAGCCCCAAAAACUAUAAACGGACCAUUCCACUGCAGUACACCUGGACCGGACUGGAACAACAGUCAGUUCAACCAACUGAAGAGAGCACCAUAUUCACACACUUACGUGGGGGGGAAUCUCUUCUGGAAAUCCAUCUUACUGGGGCCACCUUCACACCGCUGGGACUGAGAGUCAUGGGACAAGACACAGGAGAGCACCAAGGGGUCGUGACAUUUUGCACAUAUGGCUUCCUUGACUUUGAGACACUCUCAACUCCAUUAAUGUCAGGUGGACAGCCAAACUAUGGCUUCACGUCGCAUUAUGCACUUUCUUCCUUUGACCUGGAGAAGAUCGGGCUUCAGGGUGGGUCCAUCACCAUUGAACUGCACCAGGCGCUUGGAGGGGUGCGAUUUAUGACUCGUGGGGGAGCGAGAAUCUAUCUGAUGGAGGCAAUACAGCGCAGAGGUGAACGAAUGAAAAACAGAGCCAACAUCACUGGGGCUGAAGGAGAGGUUAUUGGAAUCCUUGAGUUCUGGGUGUGUUUACACCCUCAGGUGGACCUUACAGAACAACAGCUGGAAAGAGCUAUAAGUAGAACAGCUGUAAGACACAGCAGAGUUUCAGAAUGGACUCAUUGGGAACCACAGGAGAUAUUUGAUUAUGGUGGAGGGAUACCCAAUGAGCUUGAGGUUGUACUGGAGCGUUGUGUGGGCCUCAGUACACGCUGGCCAGGACUACUUCCUGAUGCAUACUUAACUUACCGCCUUUAUGACCUGCCACUACAUGCCACACCCAUCAUUCAAUGCUGUGCGGACCCUGUCUUUGUAGACUCAGCGAGCUAUCCAUUAGCUGUAACUAUGGAUGUAUUGGAAUAUCUGAAUGUGGGCAGUCUGUGGGUGUAUGUGUUUGAUGACAGCGAAAGUCAGACUCCUCCCACUUAUCUGGCAAAGACACCAAUCCCACUACAGGCCCUUGCGGCAGGCCGACCAAUCAGAGGUGAUUAUGUGCUUAGAGACCCUGCUGGCAGUCCCAAAGGAAUAGUGAGGGUCACUCUCAGGUGGAAGUACCCUUUCCAGUCACCUGAGACACCCUCAAAACAAAGAGAAAGCGAAGGACCAGAGAAAGAGAGGAUGAUGCCCAGCGCUGAGGAACCACAGAGACCCAUUGCAAAGCCCAGGUCUCAGCUACGGCCUCCACCAGUCCAUGGACCCAAGACCACUGAGCCUCAUCCAUCCUCAUCCAUCAGAACCCCUGAGAGAGGCUCAGCCACACCCCUUCAAUUGCAGUCUAGUUCAGUCCAACAAUCGAAGGCCAGACGGAAACAACACUGCCCUGCAGCAUUGCCCGUUCAGGACAAAGUCAAACCCACAACAUCAGCUUACCCGACUCCUGCGAUGUCUGUCAAGUUACCUGAGUCAGAUGGAGUUAUGGAGUUCAGAGCAUCAGUGUCAGAGCCGAGCACCCCUCACAGCCAAAAGAGCUCUCAGAGUGACUCACAAGCACAGAAAAUUGAGACGGAGGAACAAGAUGAAGAUGAAGAUGAAGAGGAUGAGAUAGAAGACAGAGCUCAAAGUGACAUUGAUGCUCUUCAGUCGGAUGAAUCAAAAGAUUCAAGUGGAAGUGAUGUCAUCGUGAUUCCUCACCUACCAAAGCCAUGUAAAAAGGGAGACAGACUCAGAGUGGAAAUCCUGUCACUCUCUUUUAAUCCCAUCUCUAAUGUUGCACGUGACCAAUCAGUGCAUCAAGUCUAUGUAGAGUACCGCCUCCUUGGUAUUCCCAUGGAAACAACAGAAACCCCCAUGUCUCUGCGCAAACCAACAGAGGGGGAAGAGAUACACUAUAACUUUACAAGAGUGAUCCAUGUGGAUUCCAUGGAAGCAGCUCCUCUGAGACAUUACCUGUACACCAUGCUGGAAGGCACUGACCCAAACCACGGCAGGUUAAAGUUCACAGUGGUCAGUGAGCCAAUGAACGAGCAGGAUGAAUGUGAGGAUGUCGGCUAUGCCUACUUGGAUUUACGGGAACUGCUUCUAACUGGACAUGAUGUUACUGAACGACAAAUCAAUGUUAUCAGUGUGGAUGAAGAGGAGGAAGUGGUAGGAAAGCUGAAGGUAUCUGUUGAGGCUGCACAGGCCCUUACUGGAAUCUAUCAGGAAUAUCAUCAGACUGAGAAGAGUGAUAGAAGAGUACUGAAAAACAGAUCAGAGGAGGAGGAGAUGAAGAAACAUGAUGAGAUGCACGUGCUUGAUUUUGAUGUUGACAGUGAUUUUUAUUGAAAAUCUUGAAUCUUAAAAUAUACUUCAACAUGUGGCAAGCGCAAUCCAAUAAGAAGGAAGUGAAUUGAAGACUGUGCAAAGCAGAAUGGUGCCGAAGUUUGAUAAGGAUGACUAUAUAUAUAUAUAUUUCAUUUGAUAAAAGUGUGGCUGGAUAUAUGCUAAGGUUUAAUUAAAACUCUGUACUUUUGAUUCCAGCUGUCUCACUCUUGUAUCUUCUGAAAAAGGCUGAAUAAUAAACAACUCAGGUGA